AUGGUCAAUUACUUAUCAUUCUCUGUAUUCAGUCAGUACAAGUCAAAUCUUCAUUCUAGAAUAAUGAAAUUCAAGUCUUUAGCUUUAGCACUCGUUGCCAUUUGCAUUGUUAAUGAGGUAUCAGCCACAUUCAAUUUAUGUGGAAACAAUCAAGAAGUUGAUGUCUGUACGACAUGCAAUAGACCAAGAAAAGUGACAGCACCAAAACCACAUCCACUCCAAAGACCUAGCUCAUUAUCACAACCGCUUGUUAGAACUGUUUGCAGGACGGAAACUGUUCAAGGACCUAAACCAUUUGAUCCAAUCGGUGACAUUUGCAACUGUGGAAAGCAAAUUAUCAAACCUGCUCCAUUACCAAAUAUCCCAAGACCAUCUUGCCUUCCCAGUUUGCCUGGUUUGAACUUUGGUCGUCAGUCAUGCAACUGUGCAGCAUGUAAUGCUCAAAGCAGUUCACCAUCAGCCCCAUCUUCAGGUUGUGGCCAUCCUGUUCGUGCUCCAGAAGAAUAUCAAAUUCAUAACAGCAAUAAAGGAGCUACAAUUUAUCUCGAGAAGCCAAAAUCAAAGUCCGUUCAACAUGUUAGGCCAAGCUAUGGACAAGCUGAUGUUGUAAGUGUUGCAAUCGCUAGACAGUUGGCAAACAAAGCUAAAAACAGCGUAUCAGAAAAGCAACUCCAAUAUGGAUCAUUAAAGGAACCAACAAUUCCAGAAAGAGAAGAACAAAAAGUCUUUAAAAGUAUUAAGGAAGAAUCAAUUUUUGACACUCGAGGUGAAAUUUUAGAGAUUAAGUCAAACAAGUUCCAACGACAACAUGUUGUAUCAUCAGAAUCUGAGUCGAGUGAGGAAGAAGAAGUCAAGAAGCCAAAAGUACAUCAAAGCUUUAGUCCAGCUCAAUUGAAAUACGAUCAAAUUGGAUAUGCUGUCUAUCAGCCAUCAAGCAAGCCAAGAUAUGUUGUCGUCAAAAAUUCCGAGACUGCAAAUCAUGACUGUGCUAGGUCAACAACUAGAAGACCACAUCAUAGACAUAAUUUUAGACGUACUGGAUCAUGUGGUUGCAAUAAAGAUCUUGUUGUAGACCAAAGUGAAAUAAGUGAGCAAUCAGUCAGUUUUGAGAACAAUUCAGAUCAAUAUUUGAUUCCAAGAGGUCGCUUAAGUACAUAAAUUUAAUAUUUGUAGACUAUCCAAAUAAACACAUGAGUGAUAAUUUUCUUAAGAAAAUAUUUAAAUGCUUAACUUUAAUUCUUUUGUACAGUAAAGUGUCAAAGGUAGCACCUAGUGCAAAUAAUAAAUUUGAAGACAUUUCAAUCAAUAUUAACAUUAACAUCCAGAUAGCUGGAUAUUAACAAAUAAACGAUAUUUAAUAUCAUAAGCUAGUCUUUAAAUCUACGAGUAAAGUGCUCUCAUAAUCCACUCAUUCACUGAGAACAUGACUUCAUUCUUAUUUCCAUGAUCUUUUUCUUUGAAAUGAUCAAGCAUUGUCUUAACUUUGACUGCACACAUGAUGAAAUCUUCAAAUGGAAUUCCUUGGCUUCCAGAUCCAUAGCGAUAAAUUAAUGUGUUAAUUAUAUGAUGAUUUAGGCGAUAUCCAGCUGAUCCUAAUGCAUCGCGCAACUCAAAUGCAUCUAGUUUAUGGUUAUUGUCUUUGUCAUAUAAAGUAAACACAGCCUGUUAUGUAAAAGA